AUGUCUAAGACAGAUACCCAUCACGCUCUCCCUGAAGACAAGCCGCCUCCAGACUUGCCGCCUCCUUCCUACCACGAGGCCAUCAAUUCGCCUGUUCCUGGAUCUCUGUCUUCAGCACAGCCUUCAGCUCCCCCAAGACCUCCUCAAAGACCUCCUCAGCAGCCUCCAAGGCCCACGGUGGGCUCAAGCAGCAGCUCAAGGCCUCCACAAGGAAUCAGCUACUCAAAUAACCAAGGGCCUUUUGAAUACCCAAAACGUUACCUCUGCAAGAAAUGUAAGAAUACGGGGUACAAGAAAGAGGGCCGAAUGUGCUUGGACUGCUGGGGCCGCUUCUACUUGCCUACACACGCAUACAACCCCAACCCGGACCUUCCGUUCAAGUAUCCGAAGGGUUUUAUUUGCGAGAAGUGCUACAAUCGAGGCAUCAAGGUGAAAAACGGCAAGACAUGCAAAGACUGCUAUGCUCGGUUUGCUCCUCGGAACAACUACACAAUCAACCCUCCAGGAGUGAGUGGUCCGUUCAUGGGCCCGCCUUCCCAGCCAUUGGUGCUACCCCAGCCUCCGUUUAUGCCUGGUGGGUUUCCGCCUGCGCCACAGAUGCCUAUGAGAGUGCCUCCAGGGGACCCACGAUUGGGAGGAACUCUCUGUGGAAACUGCAGAGGUACUGGCCAGGUUUGGUUUUUCCUAGACUCUGAGUUGUGUCAUGUUUGCGGUGGCUUGGGCAGAAUAUUGAACAAGUACUGA